AUGCCGCCCGGCGCAGGUCGCGCGCUUCGCCAGGUCAUGAAGGACCUGCGCUCGCCCAAUCGCAGCCCCGCGCGGCGGCGCGCCGAACCGCCUGAGUACGACGACGAAUGGGAGGACGAUGAGGUGGCGGGGCCGGCAGGGACGGGCGGAAUCGCCGCUCCCGGGGUGUCCACCCGCCCUCCCGCGCAGCAGCAGCAACAGCGGGGGGGGGGGAACGGCGCGUACUCGGGCGCGGGGGGGAACCCGCGCGCGUUCCCGCACGCGGUGAAGGUGGCGUGCUGGAACAAGGCGGAGACGGUUCCCGGGCGCGAUCCGGACCGGUGGCGCAGAGACGCCGCGGGAAACGUGGUGUUUCGGCAGCUGGUGGCGUGUAAGGGGUGCCUCUGCUACGACUAUGACCACGUGGUUCCGUAUUCUAAGGGUGGCAGGAGCACGUUGGACAACUGUCAGGUGCUGCAGACGGCAGUGAACCGAGCCAAGGGGGCACGCACGGACAUGACACACACAGAGCUCAUGCAGCGCAGCACCUACUGCAGCCUCUCCA